GCGUUACUAGGUUCCACGAUCUUCACCAAACUCGACCUCCGUAACGCCUAUUAUCUGGUCCGCGUAAGGGAAGGUGAUGAGUGGGCUCGCUGUUCCCUCCGUCCAGCAUCACCUGGGUCGAUGUCGCCGGCUGUGGCGGGCUACCAGGGCAGCCCUGGUGCGGACCUCGGUCAGGAACCGCCGGGGUGCGGAUAGGCGCAGGAUCCCCGCACCUCCGUACCGUGUUGGGCAGCGGGUCUGGCUGUCCUCCAGCUCAAGCCGGUCUCCUUCAGUCCAUUGGUCCCUCCUUCCAGGCCCCCUCCUCCCGCCCGGGUCAUUGACGGUGAUCCGGCCUUUUCCGUCCGUCGCCUCCUGGAUGUCCGCCGCCGGGGUCGUGGUCUGCAGUACCUUGUGGACUGGGAGGGCUAUGGCCCGGAGGAGCGGUCUUGGGUCCCUCGCUCUUUCAUCCUGGAUGCUGACCUCAUCCGGGAUUUUCGUCGCCGUCAGGCUGCUGGGUCGCCCGGGGGCUCCCCUUGAGGGGGGGGCACUGUCAUGGCCCAUGCUCAUUCCCACUCCCUGCUUCCUGCUGACCAUAUUUGGAUCUCCAAUCAUCACAGCUAUUAGGACGACGCAGCUGGAGGAUAUCAAGUCAUCAUUCUCAUCGCCAUAUAAACCUCACCCGGACCUCCAGUCAUCGCUGGAUUAUACUACUCAUCGUGAACCGUACCUGAACCUCGUCCACACCACGGAGAAUCCUGUCUGCCCGCUCCAGCCCGUCCUUCCAGCAAACCCUGCAUACUGCACAGCACAAUUCUAAUAAAGUGUCUCUGAUCAUUCUCCGAGCGCUCCUCUCUUUGGA